AGUACAACGCAGGGCUGGCGUGUCCUUCGAAGACGGUUCUUUAAUUUUUACUGCUAACCUAGUUACCCUCAUCUUCGCACACAACAUGGAGGGGAUUCUGGUGUUCGAUCAGACGAACGAUUUAAUCUACCACAACUUCAACGAGGCGAUGCGAGAAAAAAUGUCCAAGCAGGCGUACGAGUUGGGUUUGCUCGAUGAGGAGUCGGCGUGUCCAACCCAGCAGCUUAACUCGAAUGUCCUGAUACAAAUCUUCAGUCCGCUCCUGGCAUCGCAACGAAUCAUGAUGUGCCAGUUCGACAACGCGUACACCUCGAUUCAGAUGGAUAACAACCUGAACGUCGUGUUCGAAGAGUUUUUAGGGUACAUUUUCCUGGAGAUUAGCACGAAAGAGAUAGAGCUGGUAAAACGAGAGCUGGGAGCAUUCAUUUCAUUUACCAAAUACAUUUGCGGACCUAACAUUUUUUCCAUUAAAAGCGAUGCAGGAAAAAUCGACCAUCUGACCGAGCUGAUCCGAACCUAUCGAGAGCUGUACGUGGUAAACCAGGGCGUACUAAUGGAAGCAAUCGAACAGCUCCUAGUAAACGUGGAUGUGAAGAAUACGGUGGUUACUGCCCUGCAGGCCGCUACCGAUCGGCUUAAGCAAGAUCCACACUCCCAGCGUUCACAUUCGUUGCUGUUCGUGGGCAGCAAAUUCCUCGCACGAUACAGUACCCGACAGGCCCAGGAGUUGGCCGCCGUGGAUAUGUUCUUCCUGAACUUGCUCUGCCAAAUGCACAGCCGCCGUCGACAGCGCCAGCGUAUCGUGUCGCAGAUAGUGUUCCUGCAGGGUAGCGUUCACCAGUCGUACGCAGGCUGUGUACCGCACAUUGUACACGUGGUGCACCUGUUCGAGCACGUGUCGCUGGUGCUGGUAAUCGAGCAUGCUCAUACGGCCCUCGCAAGCCAUCUGUACGACGUGUACUUUGCACUGCACAAGCUGCAAAACCUGCAGAGCCAAUUCGAUCUGGACAAUUUGCGGGGUGCAUUCGAUGCGCUCGACACGUACGCAAAGCACACGCAGGACGCACUGAAGAAGGUGAAAUCGAACAAUGCCGAGGUGGAGGAAAGCAUCCGAACGUUCGGCGUGAAGUGGGACACAUUGCGCAAAAAGUACACGGACUAUUUUAAAACCACCGACAAUGCGCUGAUCGUGAAGAUUGAAUCGAACAUGCCGAUGUUUGUCGAAUCGGUGAAGGAACUGUUUCGGUUGCUGUGUGCGAGUUGCGCGACCCUGGAGCAUGGUUUGCAGCGUGUCACCGAUAUUGCCGAUGUGGCCGAAGCCAGCUUGAACGAGGUGUUUGUUUUGCUGCAUGUGAAAUCGCAGAAAAAUUUUACCAUGGGAUCGUACAUGGAAGAGUUUCCAGGUAUGGUACAUUUCAUGCAUAUAGAUCGGUACAAUGGAAGAAUCGUUGCACCAUCACUAGACGAUCAUGAUCCGGCGGAUAUCCUUAAAGAUAGGAUAUGGUCGAUGGUCGAUUUUUCACGCAACUAUCUCGACAAAGGUUACAUGUCGAUGAUCUGGAAGGAUGUAACGUUCAGUUACGCAUACUUCCUCUGGUUCGAGGACGAACACGGUGCGACCUUGAAACCGAACGAACCACCAAAUCAUGGAGCCGUAUUACCCGCCACAAAACCCUCGCUAAUAGCCGGCAUCCUAGCGGGCGACUACUAUCAGCGCCUUAUCGAAUCCUGCUUUCCACGGACACCGUCGGGCAAAGUCCGCUGCUACGAACUGUUCCUGGUACACCUUGGGCUCGUUACGUCAACGAUCGUGCUGGAGCAUUGCCGUCGGCUGGCCGUCACCAUCACGGACCUAACGGGAUGUAUCGGAAAUCCGAUCGAUCUGCUGUAAGAGCGAGCGAGCGAGUGUUCGUGCCGAAAGACUUGCCAACUUUCGUGCGGCUAACCAGCUGAAUGUUAUCUGUCUUAUUUGUUGUUUCCGUUUCAUGUAAGUGAAUUAUUUAAACUUGUUUUACUGGUGCAAACGUUUGUUGGCCGGCAAAGUUGCACACACUGUUUUCUCCACUAGUGUACUGCACUUGGCGUUACGAUGUUGCCGCUACUUGUAGCCGGCAUUACCGAUUCAUUAGAUUAACAUAUGCCAACGACGGAAGAUUGUUUGCGCGGAGAACAUUCCGGCGCGGUUGGUGUGUACCGGCCCGGCCAGAUCAUUCCACAUGUAUGGUGACCAUAAGUAAUGUUUAUUUAUUAGCAACUGUGCCGCCUAGCGGUCAUGCAUGCAUACUACUUAUCAGUACUAAACCUUACCACCAAGACCACAGACCACCACCACCACCACCACCACCACCAACCAUUAGCGUCACGUAUUUCAUCAAAUUGAUUGUUUGUUCCUCCACCCGUCGGUCGCCACGCGUCUUGCUGCGGGUUGGUACGGUUGGUUCGAGCAUUCGUUCGCAUUUACGGUACCUUUUGCAAUAUAUAUUGUCACUUUAAACGUUCCACCGAAUCUGUACAAGGUACAUUAUUUUCUGCAGAUUUUUCUUCCCAUCCCUUUCCCAACGGUUCCUUAGGAAGUAGAGGUUGUUUAGGAUUUGCAUUAGAAAGCAAUACAUUCACCCGAGAAUGGGAU